CUGUAGGGGCGGUGCAGCGGCUCUCCGGGAGCGGACGUGACGCGCGGGGCGCUCGGGCGGCGCUGCCGGGGCGAUGGAGGCGCGGGAGGCGCUGCGGGACGUGCGGGAGGCGCUGCGGGCGGUGCUGGCGCGGGUGCGAGAGGGAGAACCGGGCGAGGGCCGAGAGCCGUUCGAGCUGCCGCGCUUCUGGGACGCGCUAGGUCAGACAUUCCAAGUAACGUCACAGGAAGCUACAAAGCUGAGUCUGGCGUUCUCAAGGCCUCCACUACCUUCUGCAGAGGAUUGCCAGAAGCUGAGUGAAGAUGUCCAAAACGCCAUUCUUGCAGUUGCCACAGUGUACUACUGGCUCCCCAAGGGCCAAGGCACUACUCUUCGGAAGAUAGUACGAGAUGCUACCACUGAAGUAGUGGAAGGGAUGAUCCAGCUCACAGACACAAUUCUCAGUGCUCCAGUGGAGAGCUUGUCUCAGGAACAGCUCAUAUCGACUGGAGGCGUGUGGGAGGCAUGUGAGCAAGUGUCCAACCUGCCACGAGAUAACCAGGCAGCAGUUGCAUCAGCUCUGACGGCGUGUCUAGGUGUGGUCAAGGAUGCUGUGGAGGAGAUGGAACAUGCACUGGUGGAAGGGCAGGAUCCCUAUGGUGACAUCAUGGAAGAUGAAGAGCUGGGCUUUCGGGGCAACAGGGACACAUACUGGUCAGAAGCUGACCGGCAGCUGCUCAGCUCCUGCAUGGGGUUAAUGAAGGCUUCCAAAGCGUGCCUGAAGAAGGUCCUGGGUGCAGUGAAGGCCUAUGGCAAAGCUGAUUCUCCAGAGCAGAUUGCUCAGCUGGAUGACCUUGCAGACAUUGCUAAUGAGAUCAGUCCAAGUGUUGAUGAGCUGGCACUGAGCAUGUACCCGCCUGUGAACCCACUGGCUGUGCGACUUAAUGCUGCUAAGUUGGCCUCAGUAUUAAAGAAGGUCUUAGAGAUUGCAAAGACAAGCCACGUGUGUCCACCGGCAGAGGAAGGCUGGGUGCAGUUUCUAAAUGGUGCAGUAGAUCACAACAUGAACAAAAUCAAGAACUUCACUCAGGGUCAACUUUAGCUCUCCUGUGCCCACGUGUGUUGCUGCCACUGGCUCUGGCAUGUGCUUUUCCAGCGAAUCUUGCUGUUCUUCAGCUGCUCGGAGGAUGAUGAGAACAAUGUUUCUAGGAGAGAACCUUACUGCCACUUGGAAAAACUUUUCCAGGAAGUUGCUCUUUGCCAUUGCAGAAGUUGUCAUUUUACUUGGAUUCGUGGGAUGAUGCAGUGCUGCAUCUCAACCUGCCCCGUUCUUGAGACAUUACAGCUACUGUGGGGUUCAAAGAACAAUAAAAUAUUGCUAGAUUUGCAUUAGUUGCUUUAUCUGUCUUCAGGUGACAGAGGAUAUAUACAGAAGGAAAGGGGCUUGCUUCUUUUGCAAGCAGCCCAAUGAACCAUUACAAAAUAUGCUGCACUGUUGCUAUUUCCUGUUUAACCUUAGAGAGCACUGAACAGCUUUCUAUUAUUUAUUUCCUCAGAAAGCAGCAGAAAAUACUGUUUACCACUUUAUUAGUAUCAAGGAUCUGCAGGGGGAGAAGGGUGUAUCUCUAGAGAACUGCUGCAUGUAUGAUCACUUUACAGUUCCAGGAUAUCCUUUUGUUUCCACAGGGAGGGAAAAUGCCUGAGCAGUGGUGGGUUCAGCACCUGUGUGUGGUGAGAGGUAUCUGCCUGAGCCUUCAGCCCAUCUUUGCCACAGUAAGGUUCAACUUCUGCAGCUGGAGAGUGGACAUAGUGGCAGAUGGGAGAGAGUUGAAUUUAUGCAAAUAAAUCAAAAUCAGACAUGGUUUUAAACUUUACUUUUAUUCAACUAUUAACAUCUAUGCUUGCCCAAGAUCAGGGCACAGAUCACGACCACUCUUUUGUAAGCAGGACCUGUUCUGAGCUGGGCUCAGGCAGCUGCAAUGUCAGUAGUUCUGUAGCUCUUCAGGUUCUGGAGUUGAGGGCAGGUAAGUUGUGCAGUGAGUCUCCUGGGCCCUGCUCGGGUGGGGGUGAAUGGGAUUUGCAGCUCUUGAAUGCUUUUAGCUUGCACAGAUCCCAACCUGAAAGGUGAGAGGGGAUUAUACAGGAAUCACAUCUCUUUGUAUUUCUGGUUCCCUGGGCCUGGGAGAUGCAUGUGCUAGACAGGAGUGUGGUGCCAAAAGAAAAGAAAGGAAAAAAAAGAAAUAGAAGAAAGCUUUCACAGAUGCCAUAUUGGCUUCAACUUAUGCAUUACACAUCUGUUGGAAGUUCUGUUAGCUUCUCCUUUAGAGUGUGAAAAUCUUCUGUGUUAUCUGUAAAUAAAGGAUGGGAUGCCUGGGGCUUUUGUGCUAAA